UAUUUGAGUAGAAACCGUUCAAUAACGCUUUUUUAUACAAAGAACUUUCUUCCUCUUCUUUUUUUAAACUUCUUCAAGGACUUCUACUCGCUUGUUUGUUGCAUUUCUCUUCCAAGGUUGCCGCAAUGAGUGCGAGCGUAGUUCCUGAAAACGUUUUUUUGUCUGCUUUGCAGCCCUCAUCGUCUGUCACUACAUACGCAGUCCCCUCGGACAUACAACUGGGACAUGGGGGAACCAUGUCGGACGAAAUGGCCAGAGUGAAACGAGUCCAGCAGCAGGUGUCUAUGAGACUGGCCGAAAAGUCCUCCACCACACUUCCUAGACAGAACGGUUCGGUGUCUCAGUACGCAAGCUCAGACUAUGGAGGUUCUGCAACAAUGAAAUACCAAACAUUCAACCCAGGUUUCAGCUCCAAGUCUUAUGUCUACACUGCCACCCGGCCCAUGAUGGCUCAGCGCAGCAGUCAGUAUUCCAGUGGUUACUCUUCACGCUCGGCCGCCGACAUGGCCCCCAGAACCAAAAUGAGCAUCGGCGCAGGAGGGGGCGGGUCCAUGUAUUACCGUGACGACGGGAUGGGCAUGGCCGGCGGCCGGAUGCAGCAGAUGGCCGCGGUGACACACACGAUGAGCCGACCCCCGCCCGACCUGGAGACCAUGUCCCUCCAGUCCAUGAGGAUCCACGCGAUGCCGCAGCAACCGGCGCCCAUGGCGACCUGGUUGGCACAGGAGGGCAGGGACGGGAGCGAGGGGAGCCUCGCGUCCGAACGCGAUGCCACCUACCAGCGCCAGGCCUUCAGCGUCGCCAACGGUUACACGGCGUCCACCUACCCACGCCAAUCCAUGUACGUCUCCUCCAACGGGUACAGCGGCGGGCAGUCGCGGCAGGCGGCCUCCGCCACCCUCCCGUCCAUGCGCCGCUCCCUCAGCGGGUCCCUGGCGCGAGGAGGCGGAGGAGGGAUGGUCCAGGAGGAGGUGUCGACGCGGCAGUAUUCGUUCAAGGGCCCCGCCCACCGCACCAUCAGCCGAAUCAACAACAGGCAGCAGCAGAACCGCAUGAGCACCAUGUCCACAGGCAGCAUGUCUGGUGACGGGGGCUUCCUCAUGCACGGAGGUUCCCAGAGCAACUUGGCCAUGAUGCAGCAGUCAAGGCAGGGCAACCUCUCCAGGGCCAUGUCCUUGAAGAGCGUUCACAGUGUCGGGCGGGGCAACGACGUGUUCGACGGGAUGGACAUGAAUGGCAGCAUGGGAAAUCUCAGCGGAAUCAACUCCCUGGACAUGCCCACUGCUGUGGGACAACUGUCUAUGCCUGAUGCUGAGAUGCAGGUCCUGGGGGCUGCUUACAUUCAGCACGAGUGUUACCAUGACAGCAACGCCAAGAAGAUGGUGAAGCAACUGAAUGGCAUUCCCUUGCUGGUGCAGCUGUUUAACAGUGAGAAUCAGGAGGUGCAGCGCUAUGCCACAGGAGCUGCGCGGAACGUCAUUUAUGAGAACAUGGAGAACAAAGUGGCUCUCAUUGAGGCCGGGGGCAUCCCACAGCUCAUGGAAGCCCUCAAAGAACAGGAUGACGAACUCCGCAAGAACGUCACAGGCAUUUUGUGGAAUCUCUCCUCUAAGGAUAACCUGAAGGAGAAACUGGCCAGAGAGACUUUGCCCGAGCUGACUGAGAGGAUUCUGAUUCCUCUGUCUGGCCUCGGAAACCCUGACAUGAUUGAGCAGAGCGCCUCUGAGGCAGACAUUUUCCUCAAUACCACUGGAUGUCUCAGGAACCUGAGCUCAGUCAAUGAUAAGACCAGGCAGCACAUGAGAGAGACUAAUGGACUAGUGGAUGCUCUGGUGACCUAUGUGAAGUCCUGUCUGGAUGACAACAGCACUAAAAUAGAGGAAAAGGGGGUGGAGAAUUCGAUGUGUGUGUUGAGGAACCUGUCCUACCAACUGUACAGUGAGAUCCCCCCAUCGGUCCAAAUGCGUUUGGAUGGUCCAUCUCGCAACCAAAGUGUCUCCACAGCGGAGGCCAUGGGCUGCUUCACCCCCAAAAGCAAGAAGACCAAAGAUAGUCAGUGUCAGGACCUGAGCACGUUCACAGAGGUAGCGAGAGUGCCCAAAGGGAUGGAGUGGUUGUGGCACCCCCAGGUGGUGGGGCUGUAUAACCGCGUGCUGCAGCGCUGUGAGAUUAACUCAACCACCCGCGAGGCUGCAGCAGGAGCCCUGCAAAACAUCACCGCCGGAGACAAGCGAUGGGCUUCUGUCCUGAGUCGUGUGGUUUUGGAGCAGGAGAGGAUGCUGCCUACCAUUCUGGAUAACUUCAGGAGCAACAAUGAUCUGGAGAUGCGUUCCCUCACUGGUUUAGUCCGGAACCUCUCCAAACACUCCAGGAACAAGAACGACAUGGCUACUAAAGUGGUGAACAUCCUGGUGACCAAGCUGCCAGACGACGGACAGCAGAAGGAACCGUCCACCGAUGUGGUGCUGAACAUUUGCGGAGCGCUCAACAACCUGGUGACCAGCUCAGAAGUGGCCGCCCGUGACAUCACCUUCUUCGACGGACUGCCCAAACUCAUCGGCAUCAAGACCUCCCACGACAGCAGUCCCUUAAAGCUGAAAGCAGCCAGAGCGGCAGCCACGGUCCUGUGCAACAUGUUCCAGUAUAAGAAACUACACAAAGAGUACAAGAAGAAAGGGUACAGCAGACAGGACUUUGCAGAUAUGACCAUUUAAACCAGUUGCACUUUAAACCUGGAGAGAUAAACACCAUUCAGUUCACUACAGAGAGAUUCAUCGCGAAAAUCUACGGCAAAUGUAAAACAAAAAAAAACAAAAAAAAAAAUUGCUGAAGAAUUCACAGUUUUCAGCGUGUCUUAACCAGCUCCUCUAACACUGCCGACGAAUGUGGAACCCAUCCAGCUUUAUACAAGAGAGGACCUGAAAGAUAUUAAAACACAUCAAAAGACGAAAAAACCCAACACGCCUCGGAGGACGCACCUUAACCCAUUUACCUCCGUCGUGUUUCACUCGUUCUUUUAGCGGUUCUUUUUUUUUUUCUCCCUCGUUCUGCGAUGCACAGCUGACCCUUCUCCACAAUCUCAGACUGCUACUCACAGUGGUUUUCGUAUCCACAGUGAGUCCACACUGAGGAAAACAAACAACCAAAAAAAAAAAAAAAAAGGUUUAUUCAGGAGAUGAACUGGACUUUGGACUUUUAUGAUGUAUAAAUGUUUUUUUUUUUCCUUUAUAAAAAGCCACGAAUGCUGCAUCUGAUGACAGAGCACAUGCUGCAUGGCUGAAGCCAGAGAGUACUCAGUAGUUUGUUGAAUGUUUAUUUAGUUGAAAUACAGUCUAUUCAUAUAGUUUUUAUACACUGCUUGCUGGUAAUAGGGUUCUUUAGAAAAAGAUGAGACAGAGGGCUUUUCGGUUCAGAGCCCUGAGGGUCCUUAGGUAGAGAUGGAAAGCUGGUGUCAGAUCAACUUCAUAUAAUCUGUCAAAAUAUCAACGCUAGUGAUCACUGCAUAGUUAUCAACUGGAUGCACUGAGGCUUCUGUAAACCUACUGUCCAUUUAGUGCUUAGAACUUACACUGUCCCACCAUAGGCAAGCACUAGGUGAAUGGUAUGGCAGUGAUAUAGUGUAAAGGCAAUGGCUCAGUAACCAAAGGGUUGUGGGUUUGAAUCAUGAUACCAGCUGUUUUGUUUUUUUUUACGUUGAAAACACUAUUCAUAGAGUAAUUCGUUUUUUCGUAUCACAAAUUUGUCAUAUCUCUUUGUGUAUAGACUACUGUUUAUCUGCAUGUGUAUAUGUCUGCCAACUCAGAGAAAACUCCCUGAAGUUCUCAAACCUUUUAAUUUUUUUUUUUGAAUAAUUGCAAUAAUGAUUUUAUGUUCUUUUUGGUGCUCUGUCAUACAUGAAUGCUUAUGAAUGUGUCAUUGUAAUUAUUCAUUGUAUAUUGGAGCUGUAUGAGUUAAUAAGUGCUGGAUUUUUGAAUUUAUGAAUUAAUUACAGCUGAAUGUAAAUGUUGUGAUUGAACAUACAGGAUACUCUCGCUCUCACGGUCGUUAAUCCCUACGAAUUCGCCAAGUUAGCCCGAUAACUCAAAACCGAGUUAUUCUAGAAUAAUGAUGUCAUGUUUUCCUGUGUAACAACAGUUAGUUAGAUUAGGAAUUCUAAUUACAGAAACUUAAUUUUAAACACGUGUCGUUUAAAGCUACCACUGGCAACUCUAUCUGUUAGGUUUCCCUUUUUUUUUUAUCAUGUAUUCAGAAAAAUCUUCCCAGCCACUCAGUCAGGAUCUGUGUUUAAUCAACAUGCCUUGAGCCGGCUUGGGUUAGAGCUACAUACACGAAACCCAUCAGGUAGAGGCAUCAGUGACAGCUUUAAGGUACGUUUAAACUAAACAUGUCGGAGUUGAUAAAUCUUAUCUGGCUAACUUCGCACCAUGCCUUCACAAAAACAACCCUAUAAACUACUGACAAUGACAGCAAGAAGGGCCAUCCCAUGCAAAUGAAAUGUACCAGAAAUGCUGUAUGUAUUGUGUACAUAACUCAAAGAGUAAUAGUUGCCUAGAAUCAAUGAUCUCUUUUCAUUCUGACACACUUUGCCUUUGAAAACUGAUGCUUAAGAAAGGAAUGACAAUGAGUAGGAGACGCUUUUCUUUUCAUUUCCGUUCGAUAAUCCUUUCUGACCUCUUUUGUUGUUUAUGUUGAGACGCAUAUGUGUAAUCUUAGACGAUACGUUUUUAUGACAUAACAUUUUAUAUUUUUAUCUGACUUUUUUUUUUUAAACGACUUUCUUUAAGAUCUGUGUGGACUGUUGAAGUGAUAAGUGAAUGUUGAAUGAGUGUCAGAUGCUGGUUUGCUUUUGUAUUUAAUUUUAUUUGUAUUUGUAUCUGAUGUGUAUGCUAUGCUGUGGGUCCGGUAACUCUAAUGAUCUCACAGUGUAAAAGAGCCUGGAAUCUCCCUGUGCACAUGCAUGUGUAUGAGCGCUAAGAGUCUGAUAAUGAACGUCUGUAUGAGUUAAUAA